CCAAUUUGAAGUCCCUUCUACCAACCCUAUUUCUUACGUUUCCAAGACAAUUUUCAAGUCUUCAUCUCUCAGUUCAGCUGCUCGGAGUUAUAUAUUCAACUACUAUGGCAACCAGAACGGCCGUCAGAUACAUUUCUCGUAGGUUCUCAAGUGGGAGUGGGAAGAUACUCAGUGAGGAAGAAAAGGCUGCUGAAAAUGUUUACAUCCAGAAAAAGGAACGAGAGAAAUUGGAGAAACUUGCACGCAAGGGACACAAGCCAGAUGAGAAACCCGAUUCAGGUUUAGGGGGUACUGCAGCUGAUGCUAAUCCCAGUGGCACCACCUCAACAUCAGGAGCAUCUACUGAGAAAUCAUCGAGCGACAAGUUUCGGAAUUAUGGAGUUCUAGCCGGUGUUGCAUCCCUUGGUGCUGCUGUGGGAUGGUAUCUCAAUUCUAAAGAUAAGAAGCAAGAAGUCCGGGAGUGAGGUUAAUGUGAUCAGAUUCUGGUAUGAAUGGUUUACCCCCAAUGCCAUGUGGUGUGCAGAAAAAUAAAGCAAACUUUGUAAAGCAGUUUACUAUGUGUUUCUGAUAACAACUGUGUUUGAAUCAGAUGUUGUAGGUCAAUGCCAGAUAUGGUUUUCUAAAUGUCUUUUAAUGAA